UAGGUGUACUAUAUUUUCAUGUGGAAAAAAAUUUACAAUUUCUUUAAUGGGGUGAACCCCAUAUAUAUUCAUAUAUGUUUUCUCCUUUGGACACGUAUAUCAAAAACCUUUUGUCAUCAUCUAUAAAAUGCCUAUGUUGGCUUUAAUUUCUUUUUCAUUCUUCAACUUGCAAAAAAAACUCUUUUCUACUCUCUCUUCUAUCUAGCUCCUUUAAUUUUCUCCAAAAAUUGAGCAUAUGAGCAAAGGCAUAUUAAUGAGUAAUAAUAAUCCAUCAAAUGAAGAUGAAUUUGAGCUAAGGAGAGGGCCAUGGACUCUUGAAGAAGAUACUCUGCUUAUUCAUUAUAUUUCUACUCAUGGUGAAGGUCGCUGGAAUGCCUUAGCCAAAUGUGCUGGAUUGAAGAGAACAGGGAAAAGUUGUAGACUAAGGUGGCUGAAUUACUUAAAACCAGAUGUUAAACGUGGAAACCUCACCCCACAAGAACAAGUCUUAAUUCUUGAACUUCACUCCAAAUUGGGAAACAGGUGGUCAAAGAUUGCUCAACAUUUGCCAGGAAGAACAGACAAUGAAAUCAAGAACUACUGGAGAACAAGGGUGCAAAAGCAAGCAAGACAACUCAAGGUUGAUUCUAACAGCAAGAAGUUUGUUGAAGCAAUCAAGAAUCUAUGGAUGCCAAGAUUACUUGAAAAAAUGGAGCAAUGUUCUUCCUCUUCUUCAUCCUCAACUGAAAAACAACAGAAUCCUCUACUUCAUUCUCCCUUAAUCAACAAUCAAGAACCUUGUACAAAACAGAACAAGUCCCAUGAUAAUAAUAACACAUGGGGUUCACUAGACAAUUCAAGAAUCUAUUCAUCAGAUUCAAUGAAUGUGAUGACAGAAAAUGUCACUUUUUUCAACAAUUCAAUUCCAGAUGAGUGUUACCAUGUGGGAAGUUUCGGCCAGCAGACAGAUUUUUCAUAUCAAGAAAUGGCAAUCUCAAAGUGUGAGGCGGCAGAAGCUAAUUGGUUCAAUGAUGAAAUGGCUGAAGAAGGAUCAUUGUGGAACAUGGAUGAGUUCUGGCAGUUCAGAAAGCUAGGAGAUCCAGACAUCUAGCUAGACUUGGCGAUUGUCAAAAGUCAGAAGGGGUUUGGGUUGGUGGUGGUAAUGCUAAUCAUAAUAUGGUAUUUGAAAGUCUUGGUCUUAAAUAUCACUUUUGAUAAUGCCUAUAGUAGGUUUUAAAAGUUCUGACUAUGACUUGAUCUCAUAGUUUUAGCUCUAAGUAUACAUAUUGUACAAAGGAAAUAUCAAAUGGCUACUCUUAAGUGUAUUAUAAGAAAAAACUAUGUUUUUUUCUUGA